CUCUAGUCUGGCCACCGAAUGUCCGUGGCGCGUGCCUCUCUCCCGGAGAUUACACCGCUGUUUGAUGUUUUUUUUUAAAUGUGUGUGUUAUGCGUGCGUUUCGUGUUAUUUUGAAACAUAAUGUGCUUUGUCUAAUGACCGCAGUGUUCCCGGUUAACACUUCUCUUGUCAUUUUGGAUGUUUAGUACUUAUUCGCGAUCCCCGUUAGGGGUCUGGACCACCACCACCCCCCCCUCCUCCUCUCAGCUGUGUUACUGUGUCAUUUCAUCGGACUUAGCUGUGCCUGUGCGCGCGUUGCGAGGGUGUGUACAUGGAUUGUUCUCCAGGAUUCCACAACAUCAGCAAGUGAAGUACGCAAGCGCUGACCCAUGGGACGGCUCUUUUCCUCAAGGCAUUUGAUUUCGUAGCUCAAAAAGAACACAAUGACCUCAUGGACAUAUUAUCUGUAUACUGGUCUCAGCAACGACUCAACAUAAUGAGCAGGAACAAACAGGGCUCGCUGUACGCCUCCUUCGACUUUGAGAAGGUCUAAUAUAAAAAAAGGCUGAAUAUCAUAUCGGGGUAUAUCAAAGGGAGAACAUAACUUCGAACUGUAAAUUUUCUUUUUAUGCAUUGCAGUUGCGUGCCCUUUCAUUUCUUUUGUUCCUAUUACUUUCGUGGAGCACCCAAUGAAAUCCUUCCAGUCGGUUCCCAUGACGUCAUGUUCAACGUGACCAGACCGGACCAAUGACAUCCGGUGGAGGGAGAUUCGAUUUCGACGAUGGCGGCACCUACUGCGGUGGAUGGGAGGACGGCAAGGCCCACGGCAACGGCGUGUGCACCGGGCCGAAGGGUCAGGGAGAGUACGCCGGAGCCUGGCAGUACGGGUUCGAGGUGUCUGGAGUUUACACUUGGCCCAGCGGCAACGCCUACAAGGGGCAGUGGUUCCAGGGCAAGCGGCAUGGCCUAGGGGUGGAAAACAAAGGGAGGUGGAUAUACAAGGGAGAAUGGACGCAAGGGUUCAAAGGUCGAUACGGCGUCAGGGCGAGCACUACCUCCGGAGCAAGGUACGAAGGCACAUGGACUACCGGGCUGCAGGAUGGAUACGGAUGUGAAAGCUAUGCUGAUGGCGACCACGGUGCUUUGGGUACAUAUCAAGGACAAUGGUACCGAGGAACCAGACACGGCUAUGGUGUCCGCCAGAGUGUUCCCUAUGGACUGGCCUCCCACUACCGACCCAAGGCCAUGCGGGCGUCCUUGACCUCCCUGCGCUCCGAAAACGAAGACGAGCUGGUGGUCAAGUCCCGCGACAAGAAGCUGGACGAGAGCAGGGGCGGCUUCGUCCUGAAGGCCAAGUCGGACGAGACGCCCCCCACACGGCGGCGCUCCAUCUUCGACAAGCAAGGGCGCUCCAGCCUGAGGAAGACGCUUAUGUCCGGGCUGAAGUUGAAGAAGCAAAAGAGCACGGGCGACAUCAACGACUCCCCGAAGCGCCAGACCGGCUCCGUGCGCUCCACCAUCUCCAACAUUAGCCACGUCAGCGCUGACUCGAGCCAAUCGGGCGUGACCACGGCCUCGGUGUACACGGAUAGCAACCUGAGCUUCGUCAGCCAGGACGACAUCACGGACGUCAAUGUGGUCGAGACGUACAUGGGCGAGUGGAAGAACGACAAGCGGUCGGGUUUCGGGAUCAGCGAGCGCUCGGACGGACUCAAGUACGAAGGGGAGUGGUACAACAACCGGAAGUACGGAUACGGCGUCACCACUUUCAAAGAUGGAACCCGGGAAGAGGGCAAAUACAAAAACAAUGUGCUCAUCUCUUCUGGCAAAAAGAAUAAAUUGUUUCUCAUAAGAACUUCGAAGUUGCGGGAAAGGGUAGACAACGCUGUUCUAUCGGCCCAGAGGGCUGGCCAGAUCGCGCUUCAGAAGGCGGACAUAGCUAUAACAAGGAUGGCCAAUGCAAGGGCAAAAGCAGAAGCAGCCGAUCAAGCAGCAGAACGCGCCCAGAAAGACAGCGAUCUAGCCAGAUUGAAAGCCAAGGAGUAUGCUCCGGAGUUUCACCAGCCAGGUACAGAUAUCAUGCGCAAGCAACUGGAAAAUAAUGAUAUGGAGUACGAUUUUAGUCACGUGACAGGUCUGGCCAAUCACCAGCCUUUCAGGUCAAAAUCCCUCAACUCACCACAUGCACAGCCCAACUUUGAGGGGCAGGACCCCAGUGGGUUGACAGCUCUCACAGCUCUCCAUGGUGAACCAGGGGGCCACCGUUUGCCCAAUGAUUACGGCAACCACCCACAACUACUUAACAUUAUGCCAGGCGGGCCUGGGGGUGGGGGUGAGCAGAAUCAAGCCCUAAACGUCAAUCUUCAUUCUCGCAGUCCCUCCUUGAAAGUGCGCAGAUACAGCUUCCUGGCUGGGUCUCGUAGAGGGAGGGGCUUCAGCGAAAUCUUCAACUCCACCAUUCUCAAUGACCACUUUGAUCAGUAUGCAGCAGCGGACAGUGGCAUCGGUGGCGACAGUCUAGGCACACUGCCCAAUAACUCUAGCACCAACCACCAUGGCAACAACCCUCACAGCUAUAGCAACCACAACCCACGCCAGCGCCAGCCCUCCACUAAUCCCUCACCCGAUUCAGGAGUCUCAGACACAAUGGAAGAUGACACCAGCAAGAUUCGCUCCCUGCAACGGAGACGCACAAUGCCAUGCAUUGUGGAUGAUGCAAACACCGCUAGAAAUAUAGAGUUGGCUACAGCCAAGCAGAAACUCUCUGAGCUGGAGACAGCUCGUAGCAAUGAUAACCUCACUAGUAAAAACACUGACACAUUCAUUAUAGAAAAUGGAAUUAGAAAGAGAAUCCAGGCAGAAGUCCAUUCGAAAUCUAACAAAGAGACAAUGCAACUGCCAAAAGAAUACAGAAUUGUGCCAGCCUCUGACAAGCUCCCAGGAAGCGGGCUUGACAAAAGGGGCAGUCUUCCAGAUCUGAAAAAUGUCUCCACUUUCAAGCCCAUGUCUAGACGAGAAGCUUAUCAGCUAGGUACUGCCAGAAGGGAAGAGAUUCGACGUCUGCAAGAACUAGCAGAAAGGAGGCGACAAGGAGACAUGUCUGUUAUAUUAGGAGAUGUUAGGGACUGGUGCCAAGAAAGACAACUCCUAGUGUUAGUAAUUGCUCUCAAUUUGAGUUUAGCAACAAUGUUUUUUAAUCUCCUGUCAUGAAAGAUCAACAUUGCCAGAAAGCUUGUAUUUUGUUCAGACUUAACCCUAGCUUCUUCCUGCCCGCCAGACUCAGAUUUAGGUAUGGCAUCAACCCACGGCUGGCUUCCUGAACCCCUGUGAGGAACAGCCACUCAGAAGCUGUGCUGCAAGUUUUGAGGAUUUGACCGCUACAAAGCCUACAGAGAAAGGUUACCGAUUGGACGACUAAUUCCUGAGGAGAUAAAAAUGAAAUAAACACACAUUAUAUUUGGAUGCGAAUGUAAAAAGCAUGAAAGACCUUUUUCAUAGAAUGCACCAGAAUUUAAAAAAGUGUUUUUAUCCCCUUCCCCAUUUUUCCUUAAAAAUUUCAAUUUAAUGAGUAUUCAAGUGUUAUAUAGGUAUGUGUUAAAAUGUUGAAAAUUAAUGAAAAAAUUAUUAAGGGUCUAUCUAUAACAAUCUCCAAUUUAUUUUUAUUUUUUUUAUUUAUACUUUGAUACCAAUAGGAGAAAAAAGCUAAAUAUCUGGAAAAUGAUAAAAUAUCUGAGAUAAAUUACAAAUGUUAGCAGUUUAUGAGUAUCAAGUGAAUUUUGCUAAUUUCACUAGACUUCAUUCUUAACAGAAUAUUUAUUGUCAUUUGUUAUUGUUGACUAGGCUUACAGUUCUUAAAAAUAAAGACAAAUAUCUCAGUUUUUGCUUAGCUUAUUUUGGAAUAUUUUCUGAUUAGGUUUUAAAAUACUCUUUUUUUCCCUAAGGAAGCGUCUUAUUCUAAGCAACCUAAAGAGCAAAGAUAAAGAAAAAAAAUACUUGUGUAACGUUUCGAGCUUUCGAAAUCAUGAGUGGUUUAUAUAGUUUUCUUUGCCGAAAACUAUAUUUGUGCAUAUUUGUAAGGCCAGCUCUUCUGUAUCACACAUUAUAAUCAAAUGCAUAACCCCUUAGAUAGUAGAAAUCUUUUUUUUUAAUUUUUCUUUCUUGCAUUGCUAUAUUACAAAUUAAAAAAAAAUUAUUUACCUAAAACAAGGGGGAAAAAAAGAGACAUUUUUUUUAAAUUAUUAAAUGGCCAUAAUGGAAAAAUUUAUUAAAAAGCAUCUUUUUUUUUUCAUGUUAAAGGUCUUGUUUUGCUGGGAUGUCCUUGCUAAAAAUACUUUAAAAAUGUGUAAUUCAUUGUGAAAGUUUUAAAAGGACUAUCAACACAUUUUUAUGAGAUGAAUUAAGUAUGCAGACUAUUCCAACACUGAACACGACAGGACAAUUGUGUUAAUAGACAUGAGCUGUCUCUACGUUGGACAUUUUGCUAAAUUGAAUAUUUUAUUGCAUUCAUCCUCAGCUUGUCUUUCUUUGAUGGUUAGAUAUUUUUUUUUCAGAACUUUUUCUUACGGCUUUUGACCCAUAAAUCAUUCAGAGGUACACCCAGUCUGACUCUUUCACCUUAUGUUUUAAAAAUUGAAGAAAUACUAUACCCAAAAAAAUAUAAAAAAAAGAUUUGUGAUAUUAUUUAUUUCUUUUGGAAAUCACCUUUUUAUUACACCCAUGCCACAUUUAAAACCAACUUUAGGUCAUAUAAAUAUUUAUAUUUAUAUAAUAUAUCUUUUUGGUUUACAACAUUAAUGAUUUGGUCAUAUUUUUAAACACAUGUACAUUUGAUAUGUCUUGAUUUUUUUUUAAAAUUCUUUAUGAACCUAAUUAAGUAGUAUGCUUGUCCAUGUUGAUUGUGUAUUCAAUUAGUUUUAGCAUGAGAGAUGCCACUAAAAGAAUUUGUGUGUAAAGGUUUGCCUCAAAGUUGUGAUACAAAAAAAGUGCCUCUGAUAUCAUUCUACUUUUUUCUUCAGUAGGCUUUUUAUUAUUUUUUUUCUAAUUAAAUAAUAAUUCCACUGCAUCUUAAUGUUUUUCAAUUCAAUCCUAACACUUACAAACCAAACAGUUUGAGAGUAAAGGUUAGGGUAAUGUUCCAUAUAGACUUAUGGUCAGGAUAGUUCUAAAUGAAAAGAAAAGGAAGUAGAUGGUCUGACAGAAAGUAAGCACAGUUUGAGAUAAAGGCUGGAAAUUCUGCAAAACCUCAAUGUCAAAAAAAAAUGGCGUUUUUUUUUUUUGUAGGAGGGGGGAGAAUAAAAAUGAUGACUAGACUGCAUUAUAAUAUUAUAGCAAUAUAGAAUAUUUUAAAAUAUUUUUUUUUCUAUACACUUUCGACAAAUGUUAUAUUACCGUACCUUUUUUUUUUUUCAAAAUCAUUUUUUUCCCUUGAAUAUUCACUAUUUUUUAAACAUUUUUCCAUACUAGAUAAUAUUAAUGCUAAAUUCAUUGGUUUUGAAUAAUUCUGCAAUUUAUUUAUAUUUUAUUCUUGCAUGCAAUGUGCAUGCUAGUUAUUGUUACCUUUUGUUGCAAGGUUAUUUCCCUUUGUCAUGGUUGUCAUAUACAACUUGUAAUUAUGACUUGAGGUUAGUUAUAGAUUGACCAAUGAAAUCAGGUAUUUCCUUGGCCAGGUUCUGCUUCUCAAUACUAAAAUUUUUUUUUCUCUCAUUAACUGAAAUAAUUUCAAAGUAAUAGAAUAAUUUCAAACUAUUUAAAUUUAUUAUUAUUAAAAUAUUUGGAUGAUAUUGGAAAAAACUGGAAUGCAAGAAAUAACAAAUGUAGGCCUGUUAUGUAGCCAGUAUAUUAAACCUAAUAUUAAUUUGCAUACGCAUCAUUUUUUAAUGCAUUUUUUUUUUAACAUUCUAAUAACAGUUCAUUAAUGUAAAGGUCUAGAAAAGUAGACUAUUCAAUACAAUUUAAAUUCUUGUAACAAGAGGAUAUCUUUUGCUGUUUUCCUUACAAUUCUUAGGAAGAUCAAAAUGAUUGUUUUGAAGUUUAACGAGCACUUCAAAAUUCACUUGGUCUAAUAAAAUGUAUUUUACACACAAGGAACUAGAUCUAAAUAAUACUAUAUUAUCUAUUAAACAAUGUAGAAUUUGAAUGAAACAUAGUUGCCAAGUACAGAAGAAAAUGUACUUUUCAUAGAUCAGUUUCUUCAACCCUUUCUAUUAUUAAAAAAAAAUAUUGUGCCAAUAGUAUUUACUGUUACUAUUAACAUACUUUUGUUUUAAAUAAGCCACACUAACAGACUCCUAAUUUCAUAAUUACACCAUAGGCCUGCAAUCAUUUGGCUUAUGUACAAAAUCCCUGUGAUGUGAUAGUUGACUUUAUUAUGUACGCCACAUUAGAAGAAGACAAGUUAAGCUGUUGAAACAACAGUUUCGAAAUGUAAUAAGUUUGAAAAACUGUCAUGCCUCAUUCAAUUUUUUAAUUAAUACUAAAAUGACAUGAUUGACUAAUGUCUUAUAAAUCAGUUCGUAAUGAAAUAGUCUAUAAAAUUAUAAACACCAAUUUAUUUUCUUGUGUGAAUGGAGUUUAAUCAAUUCAAUCAUUUUUAUUUCUAUUUUUUGUUUUGUUUCUGGAAUUUUAAGGCCUUAAAAAGCAACACUUUUAUUGCAUUCAUUCAUUUGAUUUAUCCUCAAUACAAAAUGGAAACACUUUAAAAUGGUUUCUCUUCUUCAUUCACAAAAUUUCAUGUGAUUUUUUAAAAAUUAUGUGAUAUUUGUAUCUGAUCCUGAAAAAUUCUAUAUUUCUUCCACAUCUUUUAUAAAAAAUUUAUCUUGGAUUGUGUUAUUGAAGAGUGAGAUUUUCAGUGGUAAUUUGAUUUUGUGUAUGUAAAUACUUUUUUCUAAAGAAAACAUUUACACUUUUAAACACAUUAUUUUAGCUGUUUUGGAAUCUAUUGUUAAAACUAUAUUUUAAGAUGAGUGAUUUAAAAAUGAGUUGCUGGUUUCGCUGUUGUCAGCAUUCUACAAAUAAAAAAAACGAAACAAGUAAUCUUGUUUUGUUAAACCUUGGCUCUGCAGGAGUGCUUAUAUUCCUGGUUUCUAGUUUGACCUUGUACAUACAAGCAUCAUAUAUUACUCAAAUUUUUUUUUCUAGUCUUUUACAAUAAUGUCAAAGACAAGAUGCCAAUAUGAAAGAUGUUACAACAUAGCAUUGUUACAUUGUACAUUUCUUUGGUGAAUUUUUUCAGAAUGAGUGUACACUUUUUUUUUCUUUUUGUCAAAAACACAUCAUUUUUUAAUGCUAUCAUCAACUGUAGUAAUUUUUUUUAUAACUUUUAAUUAAAUUAACAACUGAAAUGGAUUUAUAGCAUGUUGAAGAGCUCCCCACCAGCACCUAUAUAUAUUUAUAUAUAUAUAUUUACAUACUAUGAAUUUUUAAAAGUUCAUUUUUAUUUUCCUUUCCAAAGAUUUUGUUUCAUUUUUUCUCUUAGUCUAAAUGAAUCAUGUACACAUCUUUGUGUGUGACUUAGAAAGGAUAUUUUUUCAAUGCUGGUUGAAUAUUUUAAUGGCCAGGCAACAUGUUGUCAUUGUUAUAGCUCAUUUAACAUGAUUAGGAAGACUCAAAGAAUUUGACCCAAUGAUACGUUGUAUCAUUUCUUUUAUUUAUGUGUGUGUGUGGUUUGAGCAAUAAUAUUAGUUGUCUUCACAUCAAGAGUUCCUAUUUGCUUUCUAGGCUUUGCUCUGUCACCAGUGCUUAGAGGUCUCAAUAGAUAUAGGAGCCAUACAUUAUUACAAGAUAGAAUUAGUUUUUGUUUUAUGUGAUGAAAAAAAUUGUUAUUUAAGACUCAGUUCGUAUGUAAGCUGAGCAAAAAAAAACAAAAACAAGUCAAGGCUUAAACUUUCUUAUUAACUCUUUCUCUCUGUAAUUAUUUUCCAGGUUCCGAUGGAAUUAUUCAUUUCGCUCAUUAGUAUUUCACUAUCCUGUUAUGAUUAAGCUUCAAUAACGUUUUUGGUUUGUCAUCAGAAAAUGUUUUAUUUGGUAUAGCUUUAAAAGGAAAUGCAUACUCUUUUUAUAUAACACAAAGUAUAAUUUAUAAAUAUAAAAUCAAGCAUUAAUUUAAUUUAAAGAGGUCAAAACAAAGAUAGUAUUGUCAAUAAGGAGAGAAAGAGUUAAAUCUUUAGGUUCAACUCAAAAACUUUUUAGGAAAUAACUUUCAUAAAACAUUUAAAUCAACAAAACUAAGAUAAAAUCUGAUAAUAAUAUAUAAUAAAUAAAGUACUGAACAAGUCUUAAACAGAAGAAUAAAACAAAAAACAGACCAGCAAAUAUGUGUAAAACAAGUAAUUUGGAUGGCUACCUAGUUAUGAGGUUUGCAGUCUGGACUGUCCUCUAGGUGAUCCUGGGUUCAAACCCUGCCCACUGCCAUCCCUAAGGAUAGGAUGUAACAAUUUGUAAAGAGCAACCAAAACGUAAAACAAACAAUGACCAAAUGACUGGUGCUGUAGCCAGACAGCUAUUCGUAAAGAGUAGUAGGCCAACAUUUCUGAAUUCAUGGUUUAAGUACAUCAACCUAACCAACUUUUAAUUUAAUCCAAACCACAGACUAUACAUCAAUGGCAUAAAAGCAAUGCCUGGUGAAAGUCACAACUACUUGAUACCAAUAGUAACAUUGAAAUCUGCUCAGACGUUUGAUAACCUGUAUUCUAAAUCUUUUUUUUACACACUUAUGGUCAGCUAUUCAUUCAUAUGCAGACGAGGCAACAACUUCAUGAUAAUAAAAAAAAUCAAUUGAAAUAGACAUUACUAUGUAGAUAAAUAAAAGAGUCUGCUUGAUAUAUUCUAUUGACAUGUAGUAAUCUAUUCCUCCUUUCCCAUUUGUUCAUUUUACACAUCUUAUAAUCUACCUUUUAAAACUUGCAAUACUAUAGUUCCUUUUUUUUUUUAAUGAGAUAUACAAAUGAAAGUAAUUAUGACCUGACAUGCAAAUGUGUGACUGUAAAUGUUACAUGGUGGAAAAAAUUCAACUUUCUGUAACAAAUUGGAGAAGAACAACAAUGGUUCAAGUUGAGAAAACAAAAUCUAGGAACAGCUUUGAAUUAAAAAUGCAGUAUACAAUAUGCACCAAAUGAUAUUUUUUCUCUCUAGGAUGAUUGCUGAAGAACACUAAUAUCUUGAAGUACUAGAACACCAAGGCUAGUGCACCAGAAAGAAGAACUGAGUAUAAGAAAUGCUCUCAUUAGUGUCACUGAUCAGUUAUGAUGAGAUAGCUACUAGAGCUAAACAGGUUCAAAGAGGCCAAACAGUUAAGUUUGCAUCAUUUGAACCAUAAAACUCAAGUUUAUUCCCAUGUAACCUUAUUUCAAUUUUAUUUCUGGUUAUUUUAGUGCAGCAUGUACCUCUGCUCUAGUUUAGUCUUUAUUUAUUAAAGACUUGUUAUUUAUUGAUGUCAUUUUUAAACAGAUCUAUUUGUUCUUCAGAUCACUUUACUAUUGUUCAGACACACUUUCAAGAUCCCUAUUGUUUUUGUUUUUUUUAACCCCCCCCCCCUCUUCUCAGCUUUAUCUUUUGCUCAUCUCCCCCCCCCCCCCCCCAUUUUAUAUUGAAGUAAUUUGUUUGUCUGACUGGGUGGACGCCCAGGAUUUAUGUACUCAUGACAACAGCUAUUGAAGAAUAAAUUUUUUUGUUUCCCUUUUGCCACAUUU